AUGGAUUUGGCGUGCCGGCACGCCACGGAGGAGCCGACCGAAGCCAAUCUCGUGCGGCUGCUGGAUCUGUGGUCGGCGGACUGGAAGCACCGGGGCCGCACGCGGGCCGUGGGGCCGGGGGCCUAUGAGAGAUAUGCCACGCUGGGGCUGUUCGGGCACGGCGGCGUGGUCGGGGUCUCCAAUGCCACGGGCCUGCGGGCAGCCUGUGCAGCCGUGAACAGCUUUCUCAAGAGCCGCUUUCCGAACGGCACCUGGACGUCCAUAGCUGUGCUCUUCAACCCGCGCAUGGGGCUGCACCGCGACAUUCAGAACAUGGCCGGGCACUUGAAUCAUGCGCUUGCUCUGGGCGAGUACACAGGCGGGCGGGUGUGGAUCGAAGACGACGAGGGGGACUCUACCGCACUGCUGGCCGGCAAGAAGGGGGAGCAAGAGCUCCGGGGGCGGUGGCUGGACAUGCACGAUAAGCCAGUGAGCUUUGAUGCUCGCCGCUAUCACAUGGUCGAGCCGCACGAGGGCAGCAUGUGGGCUCUCGCUGCUUACGUUCCGCAAGCCUAUGCUCGGGCAACCGAGCAGCACCGAGAGGCACUGAGAGAAGCGGGCUUUCCGCUGCCGAGCUAA